ACUGACGUAUAUCGUUUCUUGCCGCUCAUACGGAGUGUCAACCGCCACGAGUUCUGACAGCUCUUUGACAGUGUCUGUUCCUCGUCCCGAGCUCUUUUACUCGUAAGUGGGAGAGACUCAGCAGCAACAGUAGCAGCCAAGUGUCGCAUCGAGCAGGCAGUCUAUCCAGAGACGCGGAGUGACGGAGUUCGCGAACGGCAGUGUCGGAAAACACUAGUCCUAAGUGUUUCAUCUGUUUGUUUUUCUAACGCGAUACCCACCCGACGUUCAUUUGAAAAUUAUUCAUUACGGUUUAACUACUUUUUCACCUUUGUUUUAUCGUCGUUAACGAUCUUUUACGGGGACUUGUACGUUAUUGGCAACUCGAUGACGCAACGCGUACCUUCAGCGGGCUUUUACGUCGUCGAGGAUCAUAAUUACAACAUGUUCUCGAUGUAUUCGAACGACGCGGCCGCCAAUGACGUUUGGCAACUUACGAAGGAAGAGAACGCUAUGCUGGUUUCCCUGGACGGACUGCACAGUGGCGUACCAACCAGGACGACGCCCACGCUCACGCCAACCACCCUCAGGAGUAUCGAGCAGACCUUCCUGGAGCUGACGAACGAGUCGGCUUCUCAUAGCAGGGAGGCUGGAUUUGUUCCUCCUCUUGUGGAACCGUCACAGCCGACUCCGGCCCAGACCCAGAAUACCACGCUACAUCACACGGUCUUGCUGGACAAUCAGCAGAGUCAACCUCAGCAACAGACUCGACGCAACAUGGGAGGUAGAAGACCUACUCGGACCAUUGGCAUGACUCCCGAAGAGGAGGAGAGACGUCAGAUACGUCGUGAGAGAAACAAAAUGGCAGCUGCUAGAUGUCGCAAGCGAAGAAUGGAUCAUACCAAUGCCCUGCUAGAAGAGACCGAGGGCUUGGAGCAGAAGAAACAGAGCUUGCAGGAUGAGAUUCAGCAGCUCCAGCACGCCAAGGAGGAACUGGAGUUCAUCUUGGAAGCUCACAGAGCUGUUUGUCGACUGAGAUCGUCGUCACCGCCGGAUGUAAAGCCCGUAAUAAAGCCCAAUAUUCCGAGCGACGAUCACUUUGCAGAGCCCGCCAAGAGGGACCCCAUUUCUGCCGGCAGACCGAACAGACCGAAUUCCUUACCCGUUGGAUUCGAGAACAAUAACAGACCGAACUCCUUGCCGAUCUUCACCGAGCCCAAGGAGAGACCGGACUCUCUUCAGUUCAAGACAGUCGAGACGCCGUCAUUCAUGAAAACGGCAGCCGAAGUGGCAGGCAUACCAAUCACAACUCCGUCCAGCGGAAUUCCUUUUAAUUUCGAUUCCCUUAUGGAAGGUGGAACUGGGUUGACACCCGUUUCUACGCCCCUGGUACCCUCUUGCUCCACGCAACAAAGAAGCAAUCUUUCAGCAGUUGACCUCAGCUCGCCAGACGCGAAUCCACCGAAACUUGUGAGUUUGUGACGCCAGGACGACAUCGACUACGAGUACGGAUCCGCUGAGGAUGAUCCGGAAUGAAGUGCCGCCGGUGCAUUGGUUGUGGUUUUUCAAAAUUGUCCAUUUCAAAGAGUAGGAGAGGAAAAUGAAUGUAACAAGAAAGCUGAAAACCAUGACGCGACGAGAGGCCUGACUUUUCAUACAUGUUUUUGUUUUCUCUGUGUCGUUGACAUCACAAGUUGCCAUAAAUGUAUUCUUGUCCUUCGGGGCUGUAUUCGAUACCGCGUAUUCCCAUUGCAAUGAGAAACUCCUUGAUAUCGCGGGGAGACUGAAUUUCUUGCGAUCCUUCGAUCGGUGGCUUCGAAAUUAUUCCGUUACGUGUGCCGAUAUUCCUCAUUGUCCAAGGAUACACAGUUGUCUUUGCUGAAGUUUUCUACUAUGCCGGCAUAUCCAAUGUAUUUAAAUCUGACGAUUGCUUUGUACCGAAGGAAUAAUAAAAACUUUUGUAGCAUGUACAGACAGCAA